CCUCCCCUCCCCACGUCAUUACACUCGACACCACAAUCACGUCCAACAGCACCUUGAGAGCAAUAAUGGGACGGGGAUUAAACAACAUCCCAAUGAAGGCCAUGGACAUAAACGAAGCGCUAACGGAGGUUGAUGCACUGCUGGAUAGGCUGUUCGAAAAGCAUGAAGAAAUUGCGGACCUGCAUGACCGGCAGAAGAGGAAGAUCAGAUGGUUGGUCAGGGAGAAGGCGAAGCAGAGAAUGAGGACGUUCCUAGGCAACCGCAGGCACGUAACAGCAGAACCAUUUGGCAGCAAGCAAGUGAGUGGCGAGAUCGAUGCACUUACGGACAAAUUCCUGAUUGCACCAACGGACAAGGCGGCCAGCACUCCGGCGUUCGUCUUCGUUAACUUCAUACGAGCACUGGCACUGCAGAGACUUUCGGGACCACAUUUCGUACGAACAGACGAACUCCCCUACUCCGUGGUGGGGAGACUCAAGGAUGAGUUGCGAUGCAUGAACCCCCUCCCUGAAUUAAAGCAGGCGCUCUCGUACCUGAUGACGGUCUAUAAAGCACACAAGGGUACUUUUCGAUGGAUCACCAAUACAGCUGGCACUGUCCUCUCACCCAUGGCAGACAUUUGCGCGUGCCUUCUGCGAUUCCUGGUCCCCAACAUACAGGCGUGCUGCAGCCAACUGGCUGAGCAGAUCGAGCAGCAGCAUGGCGUCAGACCCAACCUUUGGUGGCCUGUAGCAUCAGUGGGCGAGUUUGCUGCGAACCUGCCAGAGAGAGUCUUCUCAGUGUACACUGCAGACAUCACAAGGUGUUUCGAGACCAUCCCAACCGACGGAUCGGAACAGAACCUGCUUACGGCGGUGAAGUUCUUUGUGCAGUGUGCAAUGGAUCAUAGGAGGGACAGGAGCACCAGUGACUCAAUCAGAGUGCGAAUAACCGGCAAAGGAAAGAUGUUUCCGUCAUGGACGGACCCCUGGACAGCAGCGGAGGACGGGUCCAUCAUGUUCGAUGAAGAUGACAUCGUGUGGGUAUCAGAAUAGUACGUCGACGAUGUGGUUGCUCUCAACAACACCAUCAUUGCGAAAUGCAUGCAAGCUAGAGAUCAAGGGGAGGGCGUAACGGGCGGAGUGCAGCCCAUCUAUCCUUUGCAGUUCAUCGAGGUAGUGGAGAACACCGUGGUAACAGACGGCGAGCAAGGGAGGAUUGCCAACUUCCUAAACAUGACCAUCUCCGUGAACUCCGAGGAAGAGGGCACGUUCUCUACCACGAAGCAUGACAAGACUGUAGGACUUGGAAUUCAACCUAUCCGAUUCAUGCGUUAAAAAUCAAACAGGAGCGUGACCCAGUCGUUCCAGAUCAUCACGGCUUAGGCUGCGCUCAUACUUGUCCUCUGCACUGAUCCGCUA